AUGAGAUUGAUGCUGAAAACAAGCAUUGUGCUGAUAUAUUGCACACUGUCCGUCCUUGCUAAAGGUGGAGGCGGUGGUAGAGGUGGAGGUGGUGGAAGCUCAAGUGGAGGCUCACGAGGAGGAUCCAGCGGUGGAUCCAGUGGAGGUUCUACAGGCGGCCGUGGUACUGGCAGCACAGGAAGUACAGGUGGCCGAGGUGUAGCAGGCACAGGAUCUACCCCCAACAGUGUCUCGUCCAAGGGUGGAAGUGGAGGAUUUGGUGGAGCACCACCCUCCUACUAUUCUAGCACACGAUCAUCCUACACCAACUACCCUCCCGCUUAUUCAGGUGGAUACAGCCCAGCCUCUCGGUACGGAUACACAGGUUUCUACAAUCCAGCACUCACCUACUUUGCCAUCAUGCCGCCCUUCUUGUUUUAUGGCUAUCAUUCAGCGUAUCAUCGUUACAAUCAAAAUAACGGCUAUUACUACGCACCACAGCUUACCGAACAAGGUAGCAAUACAAACAAUGUCAUCAUCAAUGGCACAGCCAAUUCUGGCAAGGACGACAACUACCAUAUCUCGUUCAAUAUAAGUACCAACAACCAGUAUCCUAUGGUGGAUCAUGCAUUCUUUGCCUCGUCAGAUCACAAUGCUCGCAAUGCUGAUUUCGUCUACCGUUUGCAGUUUUCUCAGGUCAUUGAGUUUGAGGAUGCCAACCAGAAUGGAUUCUACGAUGCCAAUGAGCAAAUUUAUUCAGUGACCUCGUUGCAGAACCUAGCAUGGCAGCCAUUCCAAGUGACCAACCUGACUGUGCCCAACAAUGCCACUCAAUCCUAUCUCCAGACAGGCACCGCUGCUACAGUGGCAUACAACAACACGGCAGGCAACACUACUGGAAGCCCCAAUUUCACUGUUCGCAUCACUUACCGCACCAGUAAUUUGCAAUUGAAUAAUACAGCACCUAUCAUUAUGCAACCCAACUCGUUACAAUACGAUUUUAGCCUAGAAGGAUUCCCUACCACAGUAGCCAAUGCUCAUCCCAAUGCUCGCUUGGGCGUGGCUCAAUUGCUGUCCACUCACGCUAAUGAGCCGGUCAAUUUUGAUGUCAAUAUGACCACACCUCUCGAUGUCGCUAAUCAAAUCAAGACCAACCUCACCUACGGCUUAUCCAUUGGCGAUUACACAGAGGGCCGCUCAGAGUAUCAACCCACUGUCAACAUCUCUGACGCCUCCGGUGGUGUGGCUGUUGCUUGGACAAAUGGUAUCGAUGCUAAUACAGUGGCUGCUGCACCUGCCUACAGCACGGAUGAUUGGAUUUGGGGAGCAGAGUCUGCGCCAUCUACCAGAGUCAACAAGCUACUUUUGAUUACUAUGCCUGGUUACACUGCCAGUGGUAAUACAACGGCAGUCGGCAGUGCUACUAUGAACACCACCUUCUCUGGCUUUGGCUUUUUGGAUACAGAUGUCAUGAAUGCUUUGGCCAGUAGUGGUGGCUCAUCAUCAUUUGGACUGAUGACUACAUCUAAAAUUAUGAACAUUUUGGUGGUAUCUACCAUUGCCACCUACUUUAUUGUACUUUAA